GAUACGGGGGGAGGAGGAGUCGGGUGAGAGGGAAAAAAUGAAGUCAAUUAUACGACACCCCGGCUCUCCUAACCUCCCUCCUCUCCCUUCUGCUACUACUACAGCUGGUGGCUCCUCAUGCGCCGCGGCGCUGCGAAGCCUUCACCGGGCACACCGGCUCCAGUCCGUAGGCAUGUCGGCUGGGGGCUCUGACGGGACGGCGGAGAGGCCAGCAGAUCCUGCAGCAGAGGAUGAAGGGCCAAGCCAAGCAGGCUCCUUGCUGCCAGCUGUCGAGCUGCCAAGGAAACGAAAGGGAGAUGUGGAGGAGAGGUCAGACGCGCAUGUACAGCAAAGCCUUGACAUCCAAAUGGACGAUGACCUCAGCAGAUCUGAAGGGGAGGAUCAGCAAGUCAAAAUGAAAUGCUUCAGGGAGCCUCACCGUCAAAUUGAGAAGCGGCGGAGAGACAAAAUGAACAAUCUGAUUGAUGAGCUGGCUGCCAUGAUCCCUGCCUGUCAGCCCAUGGCUCGAAAGCUCGACAAACUCACUGUGCUGCGGAAGGCUGUGCAGCACUUGAAAGCCCUCAAAGCUGGGAUGGGCAGCGCCUUUUCAGAAACCACCUGCAAGCCUUCCAUCCUGCCUCACGAUGACCUAAGACACCUUCUGCUGAGGGCUGCCGAUGGUUUCCUUUUAGUCGUAAGUUGUGACCGGGCGAAAAUCCUGUUCAUCUCCGAAUCCGUCUCCAAGAUCCUCAACUUUAACCGGUUGGAACUGACUGGGCAGAGCUUGUUUGAUUUCAUCCACCACAAAGACAUCAACAAAGUGAAGGAACAGCUGUCUUCGUCAGAGAUGUACCCGCGUCAGCGUCUUCUUGACGCAGCAACUGGGGUUCAGGUCCAGGUGGAUGCUCCUGUCAGAGCGACCCACUUAACCACCGGAGCUCGGCGAUCCUUCUUCUGCCGCAUGAAGCACAGUCGACUGACAGAGAAACAUGAAGACAAACACUCGCUGCCCACAGCUUCAAAAAAGAAAGACGCUUACAGAUUCUGCACACUGCACUGCACCGGGUACAUGCGGAGCUGGCCGAGCAGCCAGCUGGACUCGCUGGAGGCCGACGCCGACAAGGAAAGCUCGACCCUGACGUGCCUGGUGACCAUGUGCCGCCUCUACUCUCACGCGUCCCAUCAGCCUUCCAAAGACAUCAACGUCAAGCCCACUGAGUUCGUCACUCGCUGUGCGAUUGACGGCAAGUUCACUUUUGUAGAUCAACAAGCCACAACCGUCAUUGGUUAUUUGCCGCAGGAAGUUCUCGGCACAUCCUGCUAUGAGUACUUUCACCAAGAUGACCUACAGCACCUUGCAGGAAAGCACAGGCAAGUGCUUCGAAGCAAAGAGAAGAUUGAGACACAGUGCUACAAGUUUAAAACAAAAUACGGCUCCUACGUUUCCCUCCAAAGUCAGUGGUUUAGUUUCACAAAUCCAUGGACCAAAGAAGUUGAGUUUAUCGUGUCUUUAAAUAGGGUUAUUUCGGGGGCCGGUCACACAAAAGAUGAGGAGGAGGCAGGCAGCUCAAAGGCACUCCAGGACGACAUAAAGCAAAUACCAGUAAUUCCCGGCUUCUCCAGUGGCACCGGCACAAUGAUCUACGCUGGCAGCAUAGGGACCCAAAUCGCAAAUGAGCUCAUCGACUCCUACAGGGUGAACUCAUCUCCAUCAAGCGGAGCUUCGAGUCCGUUUGGCCCAGCCCAGGAGAAAUGUCCACUGGUGUCCCCACAAACCAACAGGAGUGCAUCCAGCAGAGAGGAGGCAGCAGGCAGUUCAUCACAGUCCCAGUCCCAGUCUGACUCAAGGACGGCAGCAGGGACGAGCAGCUCAACUUCUGAAAGUGCAGGUGAGCCCUCCCAGCUGGACCUGGACAGCAUGGUGGUGCCAGGCCUGAGCAGCUUCAGCAGCGACGAGGCUGCCAUGGCGGUCAUCAUGAGCUUGCUGGAGACGGACGUGAACAUGGGUCAAUCAGGGGAGUUGGAGGAUUUACACUGGCCUUUCUAGAGGGUGCUCAGACUCUCGGCCUCGCUCUCUAUUACAGCUGAAAACUAGGCGGUUCAGUUCAUUCUGAUCUGCCUGAUACCUGAACUGGCCUUGCACAAUCGAACCUACAGGACUUGUACCAAAAGUCACAACAUGUCAGACUUGAGGACUGCUGAACAGGAAGUGUACAGGAAGUGUUGUGACUAUGAUUAGCUUGCGGGUACUUGGUUUUUGCUUGAAAGAAGGUCUGGUUGAAGAUCCCUUGGAGCCUGCGGUGAUACAGUGUCUUCCUUAGUAACACUUGUGCAUCCUGAAUAGGGGUUGGAGUCGAGACCUUCAACAGCAGGGAGAUCUAUUUGCUCUGCUGCCCUUAGUCACCAAGGCCACCAAGGUCUGGAGGAGCAUAGAAGUCCUGUAAUGUGCAGUGCUGCUACAGAAACCUCAAACAUUGACAUUUGUGGAACCUUUGGUACAGUUUUAGGAAUGACUUGUUUUUCAUACAUGGUCUGAUUGUUCAAUUUUUUUAUUGUAUGUUAAAGAUUCCCAUCAGACACAUUUUAAGUAAAAGUAAAAAAAAAAGAAAAAAGAAAAAACUGAUGAGUAAAUUGCUGAAGAAGGUUAAAAAGAAUGUCUACGUUUUAGCUCCUUGAUUAAGAACUGCAGCUAAAUAUGUACAAAUCGGGGCACCACAGUCCUUGAACAACCACUACUGGUUCAGCUACAUUUCAUUUUGGACAUGCCCAGGACAGCCACGCAGUGUGGGGAGAGUUAAAAACACUGUGUCACAUAUAAAUACUGUUACCUAAAAUUCUGCAGUGAUUCACAAAUGCCAAAUUUUUGUAAGAUCAUAAUUGCAGGAGAAAAAAAGUUAAUCACCUUGUAGUUUCUCUAUAAAAAAAAAACAACCUACUGCUUAAUUAGUAUUAUUUAAGUAUUUUGUAAAUUCUUCAUUCUCCAUCGCACUUCACAAACCUGUAGUGGCAGUAAUGGGGUGAAGAAAACAACACAAACUAGAUGGACUGCUUUAUUUCAGCAGACACUGCUGAGGACAUGCAGAUCAUGGGCUUUAUUUGAUAACAGACUAUCAGAAUUGCGAGAUUGCCAAAGACACCCAGCGCUUUGAAUCACACGUACUGUAUUAUUUAAAAGAAAUUGUGUUCAUUCCUAAUCAUUUGUGUACACAAAUGAUCCAGAAGUGUGUCUGAUUUUUGCUUCUACUGAGCUAGCCGAGUACUUUUGUCACCUAAUCAGACCACAUGAGCAAAGAUUCUUGGUUUACACUUAGAGACAAUCAAAGAAUUCUAACAAUAAUGUGGUUAAAAGGUUUCACAUUAUUAUCUAGUACAAUCAACACACAGAUUCCAACUUUGACAAUUAGCUAGCGAUGGGGCUACUAGCAAGGAUCGCUAAUGCUACGAGGACCUACGAAGGGAAUGUGUUUCAAGGAGAACGCUUUACUUCAGGACUGUUUUUAUUAAAAUAAAUACUUGAAUAUUGAAUACUGUUUACAGUUCUGAUUGCUGAAUGAAUGGUAGGAAUGGUAGACUCUGUAGUCUUUAUAAAUUUCUUACAUAUGUACCAAAUGUCUGACCACCUGGUUUCUCAUUUAACAGGAAGAAGCUAAACCCUAGUAAUAAAUCAGCUUCACAUUUAACAGUUUAACCACACAAAACAAAGUUGUAUGGAAAGAAUAUCAUGUGGAAGUGUGACUUUACAAAUCACAGUCAUGUAUUUACGGUUUAGAGAAAUGUGAUUACGGCCUCCUUGUAAAAAUCCAUAGAUUAAGUAAAAGAGAACACAAAGAAAACAAAAUGGAAGGGUGUUUAUAUUCAGUAUGUAACAUAAAGCUGGUAAAAUCUAUGUUUCUAUUAUGAAUUAACACUAAAGGAUGAAGUUGAAGUCAGGCUGUAGUGUUUGCCCGUUAACAGAGACGUUCUAACAUGAUGCUAACGUGAUCUCUUGUACAAUGAACUCCUUUGAGGAGCCAAAGGACUCUGAGGACAGAUUUCCUUUGUUUUGACCCCAGAAUAUCAGCAUAGAAAUUAGCUGUGAUAUUUGUAUAGUAGAGCCACUCAUGAAUAAUCUCAACAUUGUAGGUAGCUCAGAUAUACUGUCAUUUGCUGUCAGAGGUCAGAAUGCAAGCGGACGUUUAGAUUUGAGCAAAAGCUGUAGCCACAGUCAUUACCGAGCUUACUCUGAGGUUAUGAGAGUGAAAGUAAAGGUGAAUUUUAGUUUAAUUUGCAGUGACUGGCCUCAGUAUAGCUCAUGUAGAGUCUGGUUAUACCACUAGUUCAUCAAAUCUUGAAAGUAUAAUGUGACUCUGUUGCCUUGAAUGCAUGUCGCAUCUGACGGGGUUCAGUUGGAAGUCACGAGUAAGACGCUCUUUUUGGCUUUACAAGGAAAACUCACCACAUACUUUUGCCAUCUGUGCCAUGUGAAAUGGACAUUGAAGCAUGAUGAACAUGCCCUGCUAUCAAAGACAAAGUGUCUGAUGUUUGUAUGUGAUAACUGUUGUCAUUGUAUCUGCUGUAACAGAGCUGAGGGGGAAGACUUUGUCAGUAAAAUAGCAUUUUUAA